AGCACUGCUGGGCUGCACUGGUGGGUGGCACUGGUGGGCAGCACUGGUGGGUGGGCACAGGUGGGUGGCACUGGUGGGCACAGGUGGGUGGGCACAGGUGGGUGGCACUGCUGGGCACAGGUAGGUGGCACUUCUGGGUACAGGUGUGGGACACUGCAGAGUGGCACAGGUGGGUGCACUGCUGGGCACAGGUGGGUGCACUGCUGGGCACAGGUGGGCGGAGCUAGUGGGCGCACUGCUGGGCACAGGUGGGCGGAACUUGCGGGUGGCACUGCUGGGCACCGAUCAUCAGGGCACUGAUCAUCAGUGCCCUGAUGAUCAGUGCCGA